GUUUUGCUUUUGAUGCUCUGUAUUGGGAAGGCAGAUAAAAUGCCAGGUCUGGACUGCCUCUGGGGAUAACCUCACCCUCUGCGAUGUGAAUGAAUAGCAUCUUGCCUGGUAAAUCCACGGGAAGUGAUAAGGCAGACACAGUUCUUCUAACAGGCCUUUUCUCGUUAAGCUCUAGCUGUGGUUUCUGCAGCAGUUUUAUUUUUGCCUUGAAAGAGGUGUUCUGGAUUAUCAGACCUCCAUGUAUGACAAUUUGUACCUGCAUGGAGUUGAAGACUCGGAGGCUGGUUCAGCGGAUUCCUACACAAGCAGGCCAUCUGACUCCGAUGUCUCUUUGGAAGAGGACCGGGAAGCGAUUCGGCAGGAGAGAGAACAGCAGGCAGCCAUCCAGCUUGAGAGAGCAAAGUCCAAACCUGUAGCCUUUGCUGUGAAGACAAACGUGAGCUACUGUGGGGCCCUGGACGAGGAUGUGCCCGUUCCAAGCACAGCCAUCUCCUUUGAUGCUAAGGACUUUCUACACAUUAAAGAGAAAUAUAACAAUGAUUGGUGGAUAGGAAGGCUGGUGAAAGAGGGCUGUGAGAUUGGUUUCAUCCCAAGUCCACUCAGAUUAGAGAAUAUUCGGAUUCAGCAAGAACAAAAAAGAGGCCGUUUUCAUGGAGGGAAAUCAAGUGGAAAUUCUUCUUCAAGUCUUGGAGAAAUGGUAUCAGGGACAUUUCGAGCAACUCCCACAUCAACAGCAAAACAGAAGCAAAAAGUGACGGAGCACAUUCCUCCUUACGAUGUUGUACCAUCCAUGCGCCCGGUGGUGUUAGUGGGGCCGUCACUGAAAGGUUAUGAGGUAACAGACAUGAUGCAGAAAGCCCUCUUUGAUUUCCUGAAGCACAGGUUUGAUGGGAGGAUAUCAAUAACGAGAGUGACAGCUGACAUUUCUCUUGCUAAGAGGUCUGUCCUAAAUAAUCCCAGCAAGAGAGCAAUAAUUGAACGUUCGAACACCCGGUCCAGCUUAGCUGAAGUACAAAGUGAAAUUGAAAGAAUCUUUGAGUUGGCAAGAUCUUUGCAACUGGUUGUUCUUGACGCAGACACCAUCAAUCACCCAGCACAACUGAUAAAGACUUCCUUAGCACCAAUUAUUGUUCAUGUAAAAGUCUCAUCGCCAAAGGUUUUACAGCGGUUGAUUAAAUCUAGAGGCAAAUCCCAAAGUAAACACUUGAAUGUUCAACUGGUGGCAGCUGAUAAACUUGCACAAUGCCCCCCAGAAAUGUUUGAUGUUAUAUUGGAUGAAAACCAGCUGGAGGACGCGUGUGAGCAUCUGGGAGAGUACCUGGAAGCGUACUGGCGUGCCACCCACACGACCAGCAGCACCCCCAUGACCCCACUGCUGGGAAGGAAUUUAGGCUCCACAGCGCUCUCUCCAUACCCCACAGCCAUUUCUGGGUUACAGAGUCAGCGAAUGCGGCAUAGCAACCACUCCACAGAGAACUCUCCAAUUGAAAGACGGAGUCUCAUGACCUCGGAUGAAAAUUAUCACAAUGAAAGGGCUCGGAAGAGUAGGAACCGCUUGUCUUCCAGUUCCCAGCAUAGCCGAGAUCAUUAUCCUCUUGUGGAAGAAGAUUACCCUGACUCAUACCAGGACACUUACAAACCCCAUAGGAACCGAGGAUCACCUGGGGGAUAUAGCCAUGACUCCCGACAUAGGCUCUGAGUCUGCUGAAACAGAUAUUCAUCUGUUGACAAUUUGCCAUAGCACUGCUAGGAUAAACUAACCAUCUUAACUUGGCAAGCACAGCACAGUCUUCACUGUGCUUAUGGGCUGCUGUCAUUUGAUGCUAAAUAAGGGGCAAAAAAAAAAAAAAUGUACAUUAUGCCCUUGAAUCUAGAUGGAUAUUAGAUGCCCAAUCAUAUAGAUAUUUUUAAGUGCAACAUUUCCAUGGUAACAGUACCUUUUGUUUUCUUCAUAGAUUUAGACACAUCAAUUUGUAAUUUAGGGUACUUAUCAAGGCACAUAUAAAAUAAUUUCCCAUGAUGGAAAUUCCAAAUGACCAGUUCCAGUUGGAACCAAUUUAUAAACCAAUUCCUGUUGGAAUUUGGGUGAAUUGACUAGAAAGUCUACUUGAGCAUGUUGCAAUCAAUUGAAAAAUCUGGAAAAAAGAAAACCUAAUCAAUAAGAAAAUCAAAAUACCAAUAGAAGCCAAAACCAGCUAUGAUAUUUAUUUGCUGGAAGCUAAAUUUACACUAAAAGUCGGAAUGUAUUAACAUUUUAAUAUAUGUUAAUGUUUCCAGAAUGAUUUUUCAAACUUACCAAAUAUAACUGAUAGUGCCAAAACAAAAACAACUCAGAACUCUUAAUGCAGAAAUUAUACAGUCUCCUCAGAUUUUAAUACUUUUAUUUCCUUUUUGGCACAGAUGUUGUAUUCAACGUGUUUUCCUUUUCGUUUAGUAAGUACUGUUAGCUUGAAGUUGGAAAAAAAAAAAAAAGAAAGAAAAAAAAAAAAACACAAAAAAUUUUCCGCAGUGAGAGAGAGUAAUAAGGAGAAGCCCAAAGAUAGCUGGUUAUAUGAAACAGAAAAUGGGGUGGUGUCUCCUCUUUAACCAAUCUGAGCACAACUACAUAUACCCAGGAAUGUGAAGUCAGGCAGUAAGAUUGUGGGAAGCCUCUGAGUACAAAGUUAAACAUCUCCAGAUGGGAAUUCAUCUGUCCCACUCAGCGCAAACUCGGGGUCAGGAUUUCCUGCCGGCAUGAUUGUUUUUCCAUUGCUUCCCUCAGUUUCCAUCUUUGAAUCUCUGAAUAUGAUACCUUUUCCCCAAAUUUUUGUUUUACAUGGACACAUUCAACUUUGAUACUGAAAACAGUGUUUUUGCAAAAUGACUGAUUGAAAAAAGUUACAACAAAUGAUGAAUUUAAAAGCUUGCAGUAAAAAAUAAACUUAUUAAUUCAGAAAAUAUUUGUUCACUAAAAUUAUAGCAUUUUAAAUGCUGAGAACUAUGAAGAAUUUGGAGAUUGAACUUUAUUAUUUUUAAUGCACAGUCUUCUUCACCUAUUAAGUCUCCACAAUUUUUCCUAUGGCUAUAAUUAUGGGAUUAGUGACCUAUGUCUUAUAUUAUUAAGGAAGUCUUAGAUUCACUGUCAUCCAAGAAAUUAUUGAAAUUGGCCCUUUUAUACAAUACACAAAUGACUUUAUAAAAUGACUCUUGUUUCUAAAAGUCCACAAUGCAUGCGUUUUCUAUAAUCCCAAUAGGACCAGGCAUAAAAGUCCUUUUUUACUCUACAUGUCAUGGAGCCUAUUUUUGAAAAAAAUAAUAAUUAAUUUUAUAUUCUUAUUUUUUCCCCAAGCCUUUUAAUAUUUAGGCUGUCAAAGCAUGCACCAGUUCCAUAAUUUUAUUUACCAUGAAAGUAAGUUUCAUAUUCUUGAUUAGUUACACGUAUCUUGUACCCCAUUAUAACCUCACCGCAUGCCCAUCCUUUAUGUUCAUGUGCGUGCCCUUUUUAUGAUAAUGAGGAUACCUAUAAUUCUGCAAGUCAUUUCAGACAUUUGAUACAAUUAAAAAAUAUGGGCUAAGUAAAAUUUAAAAGUUAACAUGAGUUUCUUUUGUCAUCUAGUGAAGCUUAUAAAACUUUCAGUUAAGAUCUUUAAAAGAGUUGUAUCCAUUAGGCACUUAAUUAAACAUAUAACCUGCCAUUACUGAAUACUUUGUUAGGACACAAAAGAGCAUUUUCCAGCAAAAAAAAAAAAAAUAAAAAAAAAAUAUAUAUAUAUAUAUUUAUUACAUGUAUAGCACAUAUUUGCAUGAGAAAGAAAACAUUAGCCAAAACAUUUUUCUAUAUGCUUUACUGGUUUCUUGUUUGUGUGCAUUAAAGUAUUUAAUUGCAAAGAAUGCACCAGGUGUAUAAAUUUAGACUAGACUGCUGUUCAGCUUUUUCUGUAGUAGCUUUAGUAAUCUGGUCAUUUAACUACUUUAAGAUACUUACAUUUUAUGGCAGGUAGCUGUAACAGCAUUUACAUAUAUUUCCUAGUCAUCGAGAUUACCAUCUUUCCUUCAGCUUUCUAAAAAUCACUUGUUUUUAAAGGCCUCUCAAAACCUUGUUUAGAGUCAUCCAUGUCAUGCUGAUAAAGAGAGAGGUUCAUUCAAUAUUUGUGCACAAAACCAAUCUAUCACUUACCAUCAAAUGUCCAUACCUGUUUUGCUUUGCAUUCUUAUUCAAAAGCUAAUAAUCUUAGAAAGGGUAUAAUGUAUAUUUUCAUGAUGGACAUAUUUAAAAUUUUACUUCAAUUUGGCAUAUUCUUCCCCCUUCCUUCUGUAAUAAGUUUAUCUUCUUUAAAUGAAUAAGAGAUAUAUUUAUCUUACUUUUUUUAAAGCCUUAGAGUUUAUUGUAUAAAUGAUACUUAAAAUCCAGAUAUAUACUAAAGAAAAGUUUUAUUUUUGCCAAGCACACCAUGCACCUUUGGAAAAUACAUACUCCACAAAUACUUUGUUUUAAUGAAUUUUAUUUAAAGACAGCAAAUGAUUAUAAGCAGGAAAAACAAGUCUUACACUUUUUUAAAGGCUGUUUUUUAACUUAAGGUAAAAACCACAUAUUAGAAUUCUAUAAUUUCAGUCACAGACAUGUAACAAUGAACAUAGACUCAUGUGACAGUGUAGACUCAUGUGACAAUGUGGAAAUGUAGUCCUGGACAAAAGGGAAUGCAAUUUGUCAAUCCUGAUGUUACUUCUCAAGUCUAUAAUGUGACUCUACUCUUCUAAUAUUAUCAGCAAUGUUAUCUUGUUUACUCUAGUAUUUAAAGCAACCCUUAGAAAUGUUUAUAAAUGACUGAUGAUUCUCUCUUAUCUUUAUACAGUUCUGUUGGAAAGAAAGUUGAAAUUGUUAGCAAUUUAGACUGAUGAUCUUUCCUAAUAAGAGAAUCUUAAUUUUGUGACUAUAUAAGUCAUUGCAUUUAGUCCUUAAUACCACAAAAUUUUAAAUGUGAAACAAAUUCUGAGACAAUUAUUUGUUCCCUUGAAAUAAUUUUUUGCUUUAUUAUUAUUGUUGUUGUUUGCAAAAUGUAUUUUUGGAAUGUUAACCUCUUUUCAUACCUGCAUACUUGAACUUGUCUUUUGUGUGGGGGCCUUAAAAUUCAUAAUAGAAAAUGGGGGCAAUGAAAGGGAGUGAGAAAAGGAAGUUAUGAUGAAAGAUGGUUUGCAAAUUUAAACUCUUGAAAUGAACAUAUCACAAAAUAUAUAGUUGAGACCCAAGAUGUCAGUUAAGAAAGCUUCUUGGCAAUCUUAAUUUGCAUGCUAAUAUAUUUUCUUAGUUAAACAGUUUUAUUUUGGUAUUUGCUAAAAAAUAAAACAAUGUAAUACCACUAUAGAAAUUAUCCUAUGUAUUGAUAUUUAUACUACCUCUUCUCUAGAGAAGACAGUUUGUCUUUAAAGGGAAAAAAACUCUUGUAAUAAGUACCAUCAAAUUAUUACUAUAUGGCUAACCUGCUGCAAAGCUUAAUGCAUAAAAUAUUAAAAUAUGCCUUCCCUUUAGAUUUUAAACUGAUUCCAAAAUGCUCUUGGCACCCUUUCAUUUCUUCCAUAGUAGUGAAGAUUUUUUUUGACUAGUUCACAGUUCAUCAUGAGGCAGAGUUAAUUCAACAAAUAAGUCAUCAUUGGCAACAAGACAAACUGCAAGGGAAUUGCCUUCAUGUUCAACUUGUUUGAAUAUCUAGUUCUAAGUCUAAAAGAGAGCAGGUCCAGAGGCUUGAUGUUUAUGUGCAACUGGUUUUCAAAUUCAAAUUUUGUUGAUCCCUUACUUCUGUGGUCACCCGGAGCCUGGCUUAGCCAUCUACUGGGAAAAGACAUGUGUCAUCUUGAAGGACUCCCAUGUAAUUGGAACAAACUUCGUAUCAAUGUUUCAAAUAAAUGCUUAUGUAUCCCCUUUUCCGUUUCUAUUUCUGCCUUUGUCUUUUAUGACAAUGUUGCAUGUUGGUAAUUAUGUAAAACUCAUCCUUGAAUGACUAUGAAUGAAAAUUUUAUAGGAAAUUAUAUAAUAAAAUCUCUUAUUAGUUCCUCAUACCUUUAAAUACUGUUACUAAGCUACUUAUUCAAGCUAUGUCUAUGGAGCAGAGAACAGUCCUCUUCUUUUAAACGAUAAUUGUGAUCAGACCAGUCAAGUUAAUACAGUAACUGUUAGAUAAUAAGGACAACUUUUUUCUUGUUGACUUUAGCAGUCAAGUUAGUCAAAAUAGUAAAAUUGGUUUCUAUGGGCAAAGAGCUGCAUUCAAAAAUUACUUUUUAAAUAUUUCUUCUUUUACUAAAAUAGUUUUUCUCAAAUGAAAUACAUCCUCCAGUACCAGCUAUCUCAAUUUACUCGUAGAUGAUUUAAUCCCAAAUGCCUUAAGUAGUUGAGGCAUAUUAUGGGAAGACUAGAAAGUAUCUCAUCUAACCAAAGGCUGUACCUCCUACUUGCCAUGAGAAACAGGUGAAUAACAAUUGAUUGCGGGAAUCAUGGUUACAUAGGAAGCUUUUUUGGUUUAUUUUGAUGUGUGAAAAAUGUUUAUAGAAAGAUGGUAGAAAAUAUUCCUAAUGAAUUUGGAGUGGUUUGGGGAAUACGCUGAUACUUCCUCAUUUGAAAAUUGUAAGGAGUUAAAGUGACAACUAUCUAUGGACCAGAAGUGGCUGGCCUCUAGCUUUUCAAUACUUUCUAAGUGUUCUUCGUUAUGUUUUGAGCACUUAAAGAUUCUCAACAAAUGGCUGUGUCUAUGUUUCUGUAGGGUCCACUCUUGCCCUCCUUGCAUGCCACUUUCACACACUUUUAACUGAAAUCAGUGUGAAUUCUGUACACAUAAGGGAUGUAUUAAAGAUGCAGGAUCAUUAACGCUAUAUUGUUGCAUACUAUUUUUCAUAUGCCUUACAAUAUUUUCUGGGACGCUAUUAAAAGGAAAGCAUUUUAUUGCCAAAAUCUAUGUUGUUACUUCUAAGCUGCAUUAGCAGUAGAAAAAUAAAUAAUGUAGCAAAAACAUAUAUUGUACAGUACAAAAUUAUAAAAUAUAUAUAUUUUGCCAAUAAUAUGAAAAUAGAUCGAGGAGAAAGAAGCACAUUUGUUAUAGCACAAACUUACAACAAAAUCCACUGUUAAAUUUGGCAGUCAUAUUUUUUAAAAGUAUAUAGAUUUAGUUCUAAGUUUUAUCAGACUUAUCUCAUCUACUACCUUUUUAACUUGCUGCUUGAUACUUUUCCAGCAUUUAUUUCAUAGUCUUGCAAUCUGUGGAUGUAGUUUCUUUUACUUUAUUCCCUUCCUUAAAACUUACAAAAUUCUAUUUUGUGAUAAGACUCA